AGAGGGAGAGAGAGAGAGAGAGAGGGAGGGGAAGAGAGUGAGGAGUAUAAAAAGGAGAAAGAAUUAUGGAUGGAAAAGGGGAAAGUAGCGAGGAAAGGAAGAAGGGAAAGGGGUUUUAGCGGAGGCGAUUCGGAAUCUGCAUUUCGCGAUUUGUGGUGGAAAAAUCGCAAAAAAAGAGCUGUUAUAUGUUUGAUCUGCUGAUGAGUGUGGAUUCUGAGUUACUGUUCGAUUGAAUUUGUAGCUGCAGGUAAUCUACAAGGCAUUUCACUAUAUGCUGGAACUAUGGUGUGUUGGUGAAUAAAUAACUGGGUGCCUUGUGGCACUUCUUCUUGCAGGCACCUAUGUCAUCAAAAGGUUGAGGAGAUAUGGAGCCUCUUAACGCUGAUUUUCACCUUUGCAGAUUCAACAGUACGUUUGAGAGUCCAACUAAGAGAAGGAAAGAUGGGAUUAGUGACAUCAUUGGGGACAGAUGGGAUUUCUUCUAUAAUUAGUAGUCUUAAAAAGGGUAAAAAAAGAAAGAAACAUCAGGAAUUCUAGUUGGACCAGGCUGGGAAGACACAAAUGAAUUGAGAUUCCUGAGAAACCACAUGAGCAUAGGAGAAAUGUGAUAUUUGAAAGGAAAAAAGUGAGUACUUGAUGGCUGGAAGCUUGGGAUUCCUGUGACCUUAUGAUUCACAUCUCUCUCUCUCUCUCUCUCUCUCUCUCUGCUGGAUAGUGUCUUUAUUUAAUCACAAUCAUCUACCCAUUUUCAUGUGUGGCUGUCUGGUCCACAAUGUGUGCGACAUGCUUUCCUGUUCCUUGCAUGCAAGGUACAUUAUAUCGUCGAUUUCUCAUAUUUGCAAUUUGGUUAUGUAGUUUCCAGCAGGUUGUGUCUCAGGAAGUAGUACUUAAACCAAAGCCCAGUGUUCCUGAUAAAUUUAUGCUGUCUGAUCCGCCUGCUGGCCUCUUUGAUCCAAUAGAGAUCUCUCCUGCUGUCAUUCCACGUAAUCCGUAUCCUGUAGAACCACUAUCACCAAUGUACCCGUCGUUUCCCAGCACAUAUGAGCCAGUUCUGACUGGGAAAUGCCCUGUAAAUUUUUCUUCAAUUUCGGAUAUUGUGGAUAAGACUGCUUCCGAUUGUUCUGCACCUUUAGCAGCAUUAGUUGGGAAAGUUAUUUGUUGUCCCCAGGUUAAUAGUUUGAUGCACAUUUUCCAGGCCACUUACAGCAGUGAAUCUGACACGCUAGUUCUGCACCAGGCUGCUGCUAAUGAUUGUUUUUCAGAUGUCAUGAGUAUAUUAGCUAGCAGAGGGGCAAACAAUACUAUCCCUACACUUUGCUCUGUGAAACCAUCAAAUCUUACUGGUGGUUCGUGUCCUGUGAAAGAUAUUACAUCAUUUGAGAAAACAGUUAACACAAGCAAACUGCUAGAUGCAUGCAGCACUGUUGACCCACUUAAGGAGUGCUGCAGGCCAGUCUGUCAACCUGCAAUCAUGGAAGCUGCACUUCGCAUCUCUCUAGGAGGAGCAAGUAUGCUUGAGAUUUCUAAUCUACCUGGUGGUGGCACUGCAGUCAAUGUUGUCAAUGACUGCAAAGGGGUGGUGUAUGCUUGGCUUUCUAGGAAGCUCUCACCAGAGGCUGCUAACACUGCUUUUCGGAUAUUAUCUGGCUGCAAAGUUAACAAAGUUUGUCCCCUGACAUUUGAAGAGCCUUCAUCAGUUAUCAAAGCAUGCCAUGAUGCGGCUUCUCCGAGUCCUUCCUGCUGUGCUUCAUUAAAUACUUAUAUUGCAGCAAUACAAAAACAAAUGCUGAUAACAAAUAGGCAAGCCAUCAACUGCGCAACACUCUUUGGGUCAAUGCUACAGAAAGGAGGUGUUAUGACAAAUGUAUAUGAACUUUGUGAUGUUGACUUGAAAGACUUCAGCCUUCAGGCAUAUGGGCAACAAGGUUGUCUGCUUCGGAGUUUACCAGCAGACAUUGUACUUGAUAAUGUUACCGGAGUUAGCUUUACAUGUGACUUGAGUGACAAUAUUGCUGCACCAUGGCCUUCCUCAUCUUCUCUUUCAUCCUUGUCCCUUUGUGCCCCUGAGAUGUCAUUGCCGGCGUUACCAAUACCACAGACCUCUAGAAGCUCAGGUAGCUAUGGCAUCGAAGUGAGAACUUCGAUUCCCCUUCUGUAUUUAGUGUCCAGCUUAUUGUUUUGAAGCGCGCUCUUGGGUUUCAAAGUUAUAUCCAGCAGAUAUUGCAGAGGCUGGGAGAUCCCUUUCCUGGGUGGUCGUUCUGUAAAUCGAGCAAGCUGAUCCCUUUUUUGAUAUGCUUUAGAACCAGAAUUCUAUGUGGGGAUAUGGCAUGAAAGACCCUUCGUAGGGACACCAGUGUUCUUGAAAUGAAGAAAACACCCAAAUGAUCCCAAGGAUCUUUGUGAAUAGGAAGUAAGCUGAAUGGGUGCUUCUCUCCUUUGAGGCCAUCUCUGCCAUUUCCAUUAUUUUUGUUCUUCAAUGGUAACUUUGCAGCCUUGAAAGCAUGCACGGUUGUUGCUGGGCUUGUUGGAGUGGAAAUGCUUGGCAUUGAUGCAGGUUUGCGAUUUGCACUCUAAUUGUAAUAUCCUGCCGAUGGAUUCAUCUCUAACGAAACCAUUUGGGCCUAUCUCGUUUCUCUUACAGUGAUUGGUGUGUUAGCUGUAUACUGUGGCUUGCUGUUGCUUUUUCUUGGUCCUUAUUCUCAAGUAACAUAGAUUUCCCAAGUGAAUUGAGUGCCAUUGGGCUGUGGGAUUAUCCCCUGCUUUGACAAUAGUGGUUUGAUACCGGAACUCCGUGUUAAAAUUACCACCAUAUAUGAUCUUAUUAGUAAAAGAACGGGAGCUUUCACUUA